AUGAACAUCUUUCAGGAAGUCUUUGCAAGUGUAACAAAAAGCAACGAGAAAAAGGCUAAGACAUGCAGAGGAAUUGAAAAUGCUCCAUUAGCCAAUAAAAUUAAUGAUGAUAAAACAAAAUCACUUCCAAGAUCAAAGUCCCCAAUAACUCAAAUCAAAAAAGUUCCUUCAAUGAAGGAAGAGAACUUUUUAACUCUUGCUAAAGGUAAGAGAUCUGCAACACCUACAUCGCAAUCAAUGAAAAUUACAAGACAAGAAAGAUCAACAACUCCACAACAAGAAGCUGAUAUUAAAGAACAAAUUAGUAAGAAGAAGGCUGAAGUUACUCAAAUAGAAUUACAAAUUAUCAAUGCAAAAGCUGAAAUAGAACAACUUCGUAAAUCACUAAAAGCCGAAAAAGAAAGAACUCUCAAACUUAAGGAAGAAAACAGAAAACUCAGUGAACAGAAACAAAAAAUUGAAAAGCAAAAUAAGAUUGAUGAAAAAGAAAUCAAUGCCGUUUACAAAGAAAGACAAGAACAACUCAGAAAGCAUGAAGAAUUCCUAGAAUUCAAAUAUAAUGAAAUUGCUUGCCAAAGAGAUGAUUAUGCCGAUCUUAUCUAA